AGAUCCGUCAGGGGAGGCACCCGGCUCACUUUUCCACAUCACUUCACAGUUACAUUUGGCAGGCAGGCGGGCUCGCACGCCGGAGCGCUCAGCCCAGAAUUAGUGGAUUUAUUUGGAAUCUCCCUGCCUCCUCCAAGCUCCGCCGCCGCCGCCGGCUUGUGUAUAGACGGUAGCGUCAAGACACCAGCUGCACUUUGGGUUGCGGACACCCAGAGCCCAGAGCGCCCGCCCUGCGUCUCCGCACCAAGCCCUGUAGCUCCGAGAGGCAUGAACGGAAUCCGGAGGCGCCUGCCUAGCGAGCGAGGACCGGUCGGCGCUUGCCGCCCUCGGGAGCUAACCCCGAGCCCCUCCAGCCAUUUGUGAACCAGGAGGCUUGACAUUCGCCAGCGCAGGGCCCCACAAGAGAAACUUCAAUGAAAAGAAAAGCCAAUGGAUUGUGGUCUUAGAAAAGCUGCUUAGAUGAUGUCUGUUUCCCGUGCUAUAGACACGUGGCAGAGCUGUAAGUAAAUGCUCGGCACUGCAUGAUGAAUUGGAUGGCUGCAGACCGGAGACAAAAAAAAUAAUUGUCUCAUUUUCGUGGUGAUUUGCUUAACUGGUGGGACCAUGCCAGAACGGCUAGCGGAAAUGCUCUUGGAUCUCUGGACUCCAUUAAUAAUAUUAUGGAUUACUCUUCCCCCUUGCAUUUACAUGGCUCCGAUGAAUCAGUCUCAAGUUUUAAUGAGUGGAUCCCCUUUGGAACUAAACAGUCUGGGUGAAGAACAGCGAAUUUUGAACCGCUCCAAAAGAGGCUGGGUUUGGAAUCAAAUGUUUGUCCUGGAAGAGUUUUCUGGACCUGAACCGAUUCUUGUUGGCCGGCUACACACAGACCUGGAUCCUGGGAGCAAAAAAAUCAAGUAUAUCCUAUCAGGUGAUGGAGCUGGGACCAUAUUUCAAAUAAAUGAUGUAACUGGAGAUAUCCAUGCUAUAAAAAGACUUGACCGGGAGGAAAAGGCUGAGUAUACCCUAACAGCUCAAGCAGUGGACUGGGAGACAAGCAAACCUCUGGAGCCUCCUUCUGAAUUUAUUAUUAAAGUUCAAGACAUCAAUGACAACGCACCAGAGUUUCUUAAUGGACCCUAUCAUGCUACUGUGCCAGAAAUGUCCAUUUUGGGUACGUCUGUCACUAACGUCACUGCGACCGACGCUGAUGACCCAGUUUAUGGAAACAGUGCAAAGUUGGUUUAUAGUAUAUUGGAAGGGCAGCCUUAUUUUUCCAUUGAGCCUGAAACAGCUAUUAUAAAAACUGCCCUUCCCAACAUGGACAGAGAAGCCAAGGAGGAGUACCUGGUUGUUAUCCAAGCCAAAGAUAUGGGUGGACACUCUGGUGGCCUGUCUGGGACCACGACACUUACAGUGACUCUUACUGAUGUUAAUGACAAUCCUCCAAAAUUUGCACAGAGCCUGUAUCACUUCUCAGUACCGGAAGACGUGGUUCUUGGCACUGCAAUAGGAAGGGUGAAGGCCAAUGAUCAGGAUAUUGGUGAAAAUGCACAGUCAUCAUAUGAUAUCAUCGAUGGAGAUGGAACAGCACUUUUUGAAAUCACUUCUGAUGCCCAGGCCCAGGAUGGCAUUAUAAGGCUAAGAAAACCUCUGGACUUUGAGACCAAAAAAUCCUAUACGCUAAAGGUAGAGGCAGCCAAUGUCCAUAUUGACCCACGUUUCAGUGGCAGGGGGCCCUUUAAAGACACGGCGACAGUCAAAAUCGUGGUUGAAGAUGCUGAUGAGCCUCCGGUCUUCUCUUCACCGACUUACCUACUUGAAGUUCAUGAAAAUGCUGCUCUAAACUCCGUGAUUGGGCAAGUGACUGCUCGUGACCCUGAUAUCACUUCCAGUCCUAUAAGGUUUUCCAUCGACCGGCACACUGACCUGGAGAGGCAGUUCAACAUUAAUGCAGACGAUGGGAAGAUAACGCUGGCAACACCACUUGACAGAGAAUUAAGUGUAUGGCACAACAUAACAAUCAUUGCUACUGAAAUUAGGAACCACAGUCAGAUAUCACGAGUACCUGUUGCUAUUAAAGUGCUGGAUGUCAAUGACAACGCCCCUGAAUUCGCAUCCGAAUAUGAGGCAUUUUUAUGUGAAAAUGGAAAACCCGGCCAAGUCAUUCAAACUGUUAGCGCCAUGGACAAAGAUGAUCCCAAAAACGGACAUUAUUUCUUAUACAGUCUCCUUCCAGAAAUGGUCAACAAUCCGAAUUUCACCAUCAAGAAAAAUGAAGAUAAUUCCCUCAGUAUUUUGGCAAAGCAUAAUGGAUUCAACCGCCAGAAGCAAGAAGUCUAUCUUUUACCAAUCAUAAUCAGUGAUAGUGGAAAUCCUCCACUGAGCAGCACCAGCACCUUGACAAUCAGGGUCUGUGGCUGCAGCAAUGACGGUGUCGUCCAGUCUUGCAAUGUCGAAGCUUAUGUCCUUCCAAUUGGACUCAGUAUGGGCGCCUUAAUUGCCAUAUUAGCAUGCAUCAUUUUGCUGUUAGUCAUCGUGGUGCUGUUUGUAACUCUACGGCGGCAUAAAAAUGAACCAUUAAUUAUCAAAGAUGAUGAAGACGUUCGAGAAAACAUCAUUCGCUACGAUGAUGAAGGAGGAGGGGAGGAGGACACAGAGGCUUUUGACAUUGCAACUUUACAAAAUCCAGAUGGAAUUAAUGGAUUUUUACCCCAUUACAGAAGAGAGUUGCUAGGAGGAAUAUCACAAGAUGCUGUCUGAAGAGAAAGACUGUGGAAAACCAUGGCUUCAAUGAACUCAGAGGUCAGGACCAGAAAAGGAAAUGAGAGGUCACCAAAGCCAAAUGUUAAUUUCUUGGGAUUUCUUCUGUACAUGCAAAGAACUUCAGGCCAUCCUAUGAUUCCUCAAAAAUAAGAGGAAAAUUUUAACAAUUAUGCUCUAAGAUGGAACAUCACAAUUUAGGAGUCAUUGGGAUCACCCCCCAAAGCCAAAUGUUAAUUUCUUGGGAUUUCUUCUGUACAUGCAAAGAACUUCAGGCCAUCCUAUGAUUCCUCACAAAUAAGAGGAAGAUUUUAACAUUACGCUCUAAGAUGGAACAUGACAAUUUAGGAGUCAAUGGGAUCACCCCCCCCCCCGACCUUUCCAAUGUUACUCUGCUUUAACUACAAAUAUGUCAAAUGGUUUUCUAAUUUUUCUUUAACUUAACCUCUAAAGUUUGAGAGCUAUGUCAUCUUUGUCAAGUCUGAUUGUUGAGUAUGUGAAUGGAUGUUUUUGGCUCAAUGUUAGAGCCAAAAUUUAUAAAUAAUAAUUAUUUAUAUAUAAUGAUAUUCCAAAUAAACUUUAAGAAAGAGCUUUAAACAUAAAAAUUCUUUUCUAUAAAAUACAUACUAGGUACUAUGCUAGUAACAGUAAAAGGAUAUACCCAACACACUUCUCUUGCCUUUCAAGACAUGGAAUUAAAUUAGAUAAAGUAUAGAAGCAAAUAAAUGAUAAAACAUUUGAUUUGGCUAUCCUGUGGAAGAACUGAGCAGACAGUGUUUUUAAAGCACAGAGAAAGAAUAUUUAUCUAAGUCUACCAAGACAAGAUAUCUUCCUUGAGGCUGUGUUAGAAUGAGUCCUGGAGGGAAGCAAAUCUUAGACAGGGAGUAUCAAAAACUAAUGCCAGUUUGAGGUCCUGACACCUGAAAAUAAAUGGUGAUGUGAGAGGAUCUCUCAAUGGGCUUCAUUAUUGUGUUUCUCAAUGUAUGAAAUUCUCCAGGUUACAAAAACAAUCAGUAUCCUUAUUUAUUUAAGAAAUAAGUACCAAAGAUUUCCCAUUCAUUUGGGUGCUGGGAAUACAGCAUUGAAUAGGACAAAGAAGGUUUUUUGUUUUGUUUUUUUUUCAAAGAGCUGGUAAAAUGGAAAAAAUGUAAAUAAAUAGAAAUAAAAAAACUUGAUACGAUAGAACAAAACAGAUGGAUGAGAAACUAAAUGUUUUACUUACAGUGGACAGAAUGAUAUUUGAGUUGCCAUGUGAAGUUUUUGUAAUCAAGGAAAACCAUAGUAAAGGGUUUGGGAAUGUUUAUGUUAGUUGUUCUCCUGGACUGAAUCAGUGGCAUAUACAAGAAUGAAUAUGAGGUCCAGAUUAUAGUGGUUAAAGGUGAAAGAGAUGCAACAGAUGUGGAAACCUGGGAAGAGACCAUAUUAUCCAGGUUCUUGUCAACCAAGAUAAGAAGCUCAUGUUUACUUAAUGUAAAAGAGAAGGCAAUUGAAGGGAUCUAAAAGCUGGGGUAUGAUAUGAUCUGAUUUCUAUUUUAAAAAUAAUCACUCUGGCUCUAUAUGAAAAUCAGAUUGUAGGAGACAUGAAUGAAAGUGGGAAACCCAGACAGAAGAUGUUUAUCAUAAGCCAAGGAACAUAUUAUCUUGACUUUAUGGAGUGGUAAUACAGUUAGAAGAAAUACCCAGAAUUCACAUAUAUUUUGGAUAUAAAAUUGGUAGUAACAGUGGUUGAAUUACAUGCUCAAAAUAAAGAUGGAAUCUAAAAAUAACUCCUAGAGUUUUUGGCUUGAAAACUGUGUAAUUCGUGGGGCCAAUUACAAAGUUUAGGAAGAUGAGAAGUGAAUUUGUUUAUCAAAGGCUGACUUCCUAAGUUCUCUAAUAAUGGACAACAGAAAAGGAUAAUAGAAAUAAGAGUCUUUGUAGAAAUUAUUACAUGGGGUAUGUUAGGGACUGUAUUAGUCAGGGUUCUUCAGAGACACAGAGCCAUUUGGUGAGAGAGAGUUUUUAGGAGGAAUUGGCUCAUGAGAUUAUGGUGGCGGAUAACUCCUAUGAUCUGUUGUCUGCAAGCUGGAGGAAAACCAGUAUUGCAGUUCUGUCUGAGUCUUAAGGCCUGAGAAUCAGGGGAGAUAAGAUGUAAAUCCCAGUCUGAAGUCAGGAGAAGAUGAAAUAAGAUAUUCCAGGUGAAACAGGCAGAAAAAAGGGAACAAUUCUCCCCUUUCUGUUCUUUAUGCCUUCAGUGUAUUAGAUGAGACCCAUAUAUAUUGGGGAAGGCAAUCUACUUUACUGAGCCCAUUGAUUCAAAUGCUAACCUUAUGUGGAAACACCAACACAGACACACCCAGAAAUAAUGUCUAAUCUGUGCAUCCUGUGGCCUAGUCAAGUUGCCAUAUAAAAUUUACCAUCAUAGGGAUCAUCUAGAAAACAUUGCUACACUUUGAUUUUUUCUAUAUAUCAAUACCUGAGUCAAUGAAGGUCACAAGAGACAUGAUACAUUUCAGAAAGAAAAGGUCAGUCAGACUGAUAAUUUUAUAUAUUUUAGCUUUCUAGAAAUUAAAAAAAUAAAGGCUCCACUUCAGUUAGUUUGUUCAUUCUUGGCUGAAGUAUGAUGGAUUCACUUACUGGAAAUAUUAGUUAGUGGAAAUGAGGAGAUAAUAUCUCAAAACUUUUAAUGUAUGCUUACCUAAAAGUAGAAAAAAAGACACAUAUAGCUUUCUCUAUAAACAUAACACAUUGUCCAGAAAGCAUUCCAGAGAUAUACCCUUUCUCUUUGGACUGAAUACUAAAUCUCAAGAGAAGAAACAUUUGGUCUUUGUGGUUUAGGUAUGAUAAAAAUUACAAAAGAAACACACUCAAACAAAUCAUUUUUGUUGGUUUAUUGCUACUUACUGAUAAAGUUAUCUGGUUGUUUGGAAGUUUAGGGUUUUGGCACUUAAUUAAUGUCGGGUGCGUAGAAUUGAAGCAAUAUCCGUUGGGAGAGAAAAGUCUUAUGCAGAGUAAGUAUAAGAAAUUCUUAUAUUAAAAGCUUAUUUAUGAGAAUGCAUCUAAUCUGUCAUGCACUUAUGCUAUAAGCCCUGUGCUACAUGUGUGGGGCUUGGACAAAGAUAGAAAGACAUCCUUUUUCUUCAGAGAUUACUGUCUUCUGUAGUAGUUUGACACAGCUCUUGUUUUUAAAAUA